CUUGUCGCGAGGACCCCCAACCGGGAUUGCUAAGCAAAUCAUAAGUUACUAAACAAGGAACUGGUUGUCUUCUAGUCAUGUGACGUUUUUUCUUGAUGCACUAGUCCUAUAUUUGAAACGCCAACGGUGAUUAAUGUAGUGUGAGUGGGUUAAACAACAGGACAAUUUGCUCUAUUUGCGAUGGCGGGGGCUCCACAAGAGCGUUGGGGCAAUCAGCUCGAAUACUUACUCUCAUGUCUGGGAUAUGCAGUCGGGAUCGGAAACGUUUGGAGAUUCCCAUACUUGUGCUACAAAAAUGGUGGAGGAGCAUUCCUUAUUCCUUAUUUUCUCACCCUUUUCAUCUGUGGAAUACCAUUAGUGUAUCUGGAAACCACAUUGGGACAGUUUUCUAGUUCAGGAUGCAUUGCGAUAUUCAACAUCAGUCCAUUGCUCAAAGGUGCUGGGUAUGCGGCGGUAGUUCUGAACAUAAUUGCAAUCGUUUAUUUCUCCGCAAUCAUGGCGUAUCCAUUACUGUAUAUGUAUCAUUCGUUUAACUCACCUCUGCCAUGGCAAAGUUGCGGGAAUUCAUGGAAUACAGAGAGGUGCACUGAGAUCACUGGUAAUAUGAGCUCUACCUAUGGGAAUGCAUCGAUAACAACUCCAGAAGACGAAUUCUUCCACAUACGACUUCUUCGAAUGUCAUCGAGCAUAAACGAGGUUGGUGGGAUAGUAUGGCCUGUAUUCUGGUGCAACGUCAUCUGCUGGGUCGUCGUGUAUCUCUGCAUCUGCAAUGGGGUCAAGAGCGUUGGAAAGGCGGGGCUUCACGUGAUAACUCUUUUGGAUUCUCACGUUGCUAUAGCGUGCGUGCCCGUGGUUUGUCUGCUCGAGAUUGUCGCUGCCUUGUACACUUAUGGUCCCAAGAGGUUCAGCCGGGACGUACUCUUCAUGACUGGGAAGCCACUACACCGGUUCUGGAUCUGGCAGUGGAAAUACGUCCUGCCAGUCAUCUUAGUUGUAAUCACAAUAUACACUCUUCGUGAAGCAUCAGGGAUUGCUGGCUGGUGCGUGGCGCUUUCUUCGGUGGUCUUCAUACCCAUCUAUGCUGCUAUUGUUGUUUCCAAAAGCGCGGGACCCCUGCUUCAACGCAUUCGUGCCAGCUGUUCCCCCAACAAGCAGUGGGGCCCUUCUGAAGUGGAAGUACGCCGCAGAUGGCUCGGCAGCCGUAAGGAGAGCAACCUAGCCGUCUUCCUCAACGAACUUGAUAAUUUUGCCUAAGAAUAGUAUGUCGAUCC